GAGGGACCGGCACAGGCAACCACAGAGAGGUGGAAACCAGAGCAAAUAGAGAAAACACGUUCUCUGGAGACAGGGUCAAAGAGAAAUGCAAGAUGGAGCUGGAAAGAGGGAUUUUGUCCAGAUCCAAGGGCAGCCUUAAACGGCAAGCUACCAAAUGAAACUUGAUUGUGCAGGUGAGGGGGGUGUCUAUCCACAAUUGUGAGAGCAGGGUGAUGUGCACAGAGCCAGUCUUCAGGAAAGUGGCGCUAGGAGUGGAGAGAGCCUGGUGCCUGGCUAGGAGAGGCGGCAGAAGCCUGUAAGCGUUCAUGAGGGGCAUCAAGUAAUCAGGGCAGGCAGGUUCGAGAACCAUUUCCUUCGUAGAACCUUCAGGUGGUGGCGACUACUUAGCAAAGGGACCAAAGGAGCGGGUGAAAUCAGGGCAGACUCUGGUUAACCAGGAAGAUGAUUAUGACACUCAGAUAACAAAAGGAAUCUGAAGAGAGAAGUAAUUUCUUAAGAGGAAAGGAUUAAUUCCAUUCUGGACAAUUGUAUUAGGCGUGAGUAAAACAUUUAGAUAGAGCUAUCCUAUAGGUCAAAGAUGAAAGCAGACUAGCUGGCCCAUGAAGACACAGAAAUGAUGUACUGUGGGCAAGUUCAAGGCCUGGAAAUGUGUGCUUUAAGAGCAAUACCAAUAAGGUGCCUAAUCCUGGGAUCCGUUUUCAUCUCAAGCCAAUCAUCCAGGAGCUAUCUUUCUUCAUGUAUGUAAGCAGAGGCACCUGAGAGACCCUGCUUGAUGAAGCUAGAAGGUGACUUUGACAUGGAAGGCAUCUGGCUAGCCAUCGUUUCACCCUAAAAAUGAAAGAUUGCAGCCUUUUAAAAAUCAGAAAAAUUAAAACUUGCAUGCAUGUGUGUAUUACAUAUGCAUGUACAUAUAGGUACAAGUGUGCGUGUAUGCAGCACACACGCACACAGCUAUGUAUGCAGACAUAGAAAUCUCUCUGGUCCUUCCACCUUCGGGGGAAGGCUAUCUACGCCUGUCAGCGAAUAGGGUGACCAGACAUCUAGGUUACCCAGAAUAGCGCUUGUGAAUACCCGCAUCCCCGGUGAAAUUACAACUACUGGAAAUAAUACUCUCCUUGUCUUGCAGACUGAUUGAGUGCUUCAGUUUUUAGGGCUGGCUGGCUCUUAAAGAGCCAGAACAGUGUGUGGACUAUCACAUUAUAAGCUUCUCUCCAAAUGAAAACGUGUGUGUGAGUUUAAACCAAACCUAGAAAGCUGAGAGCAGCUGCUUAGAAAUAGUAUUUAUUUCAGAAUCCAUCCAUGUAAACAUGAGGAUAACUUAACUGUGGAACCUAGUUUAGCUUUUUUUGUAAUUGCAGAAUUAUAGUUAUGCUGCCGUUGUAUUAGAGUAACUUUUAAAUGUCAUCUUGAAAUAGAAAUGUGUAUUUUAAGUGUUAAUGCAAAGUUAAUGAAAAAUACUUUUUAAAUGUAUAUAGUUUGUUUAUUUUCUCUGUAAGAAUCAUAAAUGUUAAUAAAUUACCUCUAAUCAAAGUGAUUAAUUAUAAGCAAGGCAAUUUGGUCGGGCAUUAUACGCAAACCUUGGUAUAUUCCAGAUCGCUUUAUUGCACUUGUGAAGCUCUCUUGUUUAACCUGAAUUUACAUUCCAUGGUGAUAAUGUGGUAAUUGUAGUGUGAUUAAAGUAAGUGAAUGUAAGAAAGAAGGAAGGAAGGAAGGAAAGAAAAAGAAAGAGAAAGAAAAAGAAAGAAAGAAAGAAAGAAAGAAAGAAAGAAAGAAAGAAAGAAAGAAAGAAAGAAAGAAAGAAAGAAAAGAAAGAAAGAACGAACAAACGAACGAUAAUCCAUGUACUUGGGUGCUGUGGUUAUUUAUUCAAAAGGAAAAUGCACGUGUGUCACUUUGCCGAAAGGAAGGAAGCAGUACCCUCUUUCUCAUAAAUUUGCUAACAACACAUUUUUGGGACCCUUCUAAUAGUUACAGAGCAUUUGACUUCAAAAUCUAACCCAUUUUGUUCCCAAACAACUUGCCUUUCUCUCCCCUUUGCCCCUCUCCUCUCAUCGUCUGUGGCAGAGGACCAAAUUCAAGGUUUUCCUCUGAAAGGAUCAGUAAGCCCUGUUGUGCAGUGGCCUUUCUUGGAUGUGUGCCAUGCCAGAGUUACAAAUGUGAAGUCCCGCCAGUGCUGUCUUCAGUGAGCAGUGGCGUGUUUGUGGCCCGUGUACUUCUGUUGCACUAUAAUUCUAUGAAAAUUAGCCAUCUGUGUAGUAAUUCUAUGUUACUAGGAUUUUUAACUAUCAAUAAUAGACCUAUGCAUUUGUGAAAUACACAUAAUGUAAACAUCGAUGCCAUAAAAUGUGUGUGACAUAAAAACCCUUAUCAUAUGCCACAGAAAUGGAGUUUACCAUGGUUCCUUGAUUUGGAAAAUUUGGAUAUAUGAAAACAAAGACCAGCUUUUCUCUAGUGUUUUUGUAACUUACAACUCUCAAAUAGUGAAUUAAGAAACUUAUUUUAUCAAAGACUGAACUUUCAGUCUUGCAAUAUUUGCAUUCCAGAUUUCUAUUGACCACUUCUCUUUUACAUCCACUUCACAAAAGAGCAAUUCUGCUUUUAUCCAGCAAAACCACAAACAGUAGAUGCACCCUGCAUCUCGUGAUCAUUACAGAACUUUUGUUGAACGAUAAUCCAUGUACUUGGGCGCUAUGGUUAUUUAUUCAAAGGGAAAAUGCACGUGUGUCACUUUGCCAAAAAAAUCAAGAGUAUUACACUGGUGUUUUGACAGUCAACAUUACCUAGGUUAACUGUUGUUUUACUCCCUCUUUUUCAAGUCAUAGUUUCAUACUUAUGCAUUUAUUUGUGAUCAAUCAUUUCAUAUGAGAAAAUAAUCCUGUUUUUUCCAUUGCAGCCUUUUUUGGAAAAUACCUCAAUGAAUAUAAUGGCAGCUACAUCCCUCCUGGGUGGCGAGAAUGGCUUGGGUUAAUCAAGAAUUCUCGCUUCUAUAAUUACACUGUUUGUCGCAAUGGCAUCAAAGAGAAGCAUGGAUUUGAUUAUGCAAAGGCCCAUUAUGAUGGUGAUCAGCCACGCUGCGCCCCAUGGCCCCGAGGACUCAGCCCCACAGUUUUCAAAACUGUACCCCAACGCUUCCCAACACAUAACCCCUAGUUAUAACUAUGCACCAAAUAUGGAUAAGCACUGGAUUAUGCAGUACACGGGGCCCAUGCUGCCCAUCCACAUGGAAUUUACAAACGUUCUACAUCGCAAAAGGCUUCAGACUUUGAUGUCAGUAGAUGAUUCUGUGGAAAGGUUGUAUAAUAUGCUUGUGGAAACGGGGGAGCUGGAGAACACGUACAUCAUUUACACGGCCGACCACGGCUACCAUAUUGGGCAGUUUGGACUGGUCAAGGGGAAAUCCAUGCCAUACGACUUUGAUAUCCGCGUGCCUUUCUUUAUUCGUGGUCCAAGUGUGGAGCCAGGAUCAAUAGUCCCACAGAUCGUUCUCAACAUCGACUUGGCCCCCACGAUCCUGGAUAUUGCUGGGCUCGACACACCCCCCGAUGUGGAUGGCAAGUCUGUCCUUAAACUUCUGGACCUGGAAAAGCCAGGUAACAGGUUUCGAACAAACAAGAAAGCCAGAAUUUGGCGUGAUACAUUCCUCGUGGAAAGAGGGAAAUUUCUACGUAAGAAAGAAGAAUCCAGCAAGAAUAUCCAACAGUCAAAUCACUUGCCCAAAUAUGAGAGGGUCAAGGAACUGUGCCAGCAGGCCAGGUACCAGACGGCCUGUGAACAGCCUGGGCAGAAGUGGCAAUGCAUCGAGGACACCUCUGGCAAGCUCCGGAUUCACAAGUGCAAAGGACCCAGCGACCUGCUCCCGGUCCGCCAGAGCGCGCGCGACCUCUACUCUCGUGGCUUCCAGGACAAGGACAAGGAGUGCAGCUGCGGGGCGUCCGGCUACCGCGCCGGCAGGAGCCAGAGGAAGGGCCAGAGGCAGCUCCUGAGAAGCCAGGGCGCUCCGAAGUACAAGCCCAGAUUUGUCCACACUCGGCAAACGCGGUCCUUGUCCGUCGAAUUUGAAGGCGAAAUCUAUGACAUAAACUUGGAAGAAGAAGAAUUGCAAGUGUUGCGACCAAGAAACAUCGCCAAGCGCCAUGAUGAAGGCCACAGGGGGCCUGGAGGUCACCAGGCUGCCGGCGACGGGGACACGAUGCUGGCGGAUAGAGGCAACGCCCUGGGCUUGCCCACCACCGUUCGAGUGACACACAAGUGCUUUAUUCUUCCAAAUGAUACGAUCCAUUGUGAGAGAGAGCUGUACCAAUCAGCCAGAGCCUGGAAGGACCACAAGGCAUACAUUGAUAAAGAGAUUGAAGCUUUGCAAGAUAAAAUUAAGAAUUUGAGAGAAGUGAGGGGACACUUAAAAAGGAGAAAACCCGAGGAAUGCACCUGUAGUAAACAGAGCUUUUAUAAUAAACAGAAAGGUGUGAAAAAGCAAGAGAAGGUGAAGAGUCAUCUCCACCCAUUUAAGGAAGCUGCUCAGGAAGUAGACAGCAAACUGCAGCUCUUCAAGGAGAACCGUAGGAGGAAGAAGGACAGGAAGGAGAAGAAACGGCAGAGGAAGGGGGAGGAAUGCAGCCUCCCAGGCCUCACCUGCUUCACACACGACAACAACCACUGGCAGACGGCCCCAUUCUGGAACUUGGGAUCUUUCUGCGCCUGCACGAGCUCUAACAAUAACACCUACUGGUGUUUGCGGACGGUUAAUGAGACGCAUAAUUUCCUUUUCUGUGAGUUCGCCACUGGCUUUUUGGAGUAUUUUGAUAUGAAUACAGAUCCUUAUCAGCUCACCAACACGGUGCACACGGUGGAGCGGGGCAUUUUGAACCAGCUGCACGUGCAGCUCCUGGCGCUCAGAAGCUGUCAAGGGUACAAGCAGUGCAACCCGAGACCGAAGGGCCUUGAAGUCGAGGACAGUUAUGGGAUGGAUGGGAAGGCUAACCCGCCCAGCCUCGCUGCAGAUGUCAACCGGCAAGGCCUGGAGGAGUUACACAGUGUGAAUGAAAGCAUCUAUGGGUACAGACAGAACUAUAGACUUAGUCUGGUCGACUGGACUAAUUACUUGAAGGAUGUAGAUAGAGUGUUUGCACUGCUGAACAGCCGCCAUGAGCAAAAUAAAACGAGUCAGACUGAAACUGCUCAAAGUGACGGGCUCCCCGGCAGACCUGCCCAGCGCCCUGCGCCCGUAGAGGCGGCCUCCGCGGAGUCAGGGGAAGAGCCCAGUCGGACGGCUGGGGAAGCGCCUCAUGUGACCUUGCCAGCUGACCUUCGAACCCUGCAUUUGAACCAACCAACGUUCAGUCCACAGACGAAACGUGAAUGGAUUAACGACAUUCCAGAAGUUAGUCAUUUGAAUUCUGAACACUGGAGAAAUCAUAAAACUGAGCAAUGGAUGGAGCACGAAGAGCUGAAUCACUUUGGAACCGAUCUCAGUGGCAAUGGCAUCACAGAGCUGGGGCCCAAGCCCAGGCCCAGGUGGCGGCCCAUCGGCGGGCAGCAGAAGGGACUUGCCGGGGACAGCGGCCCAGGAGAGGUCUUCGAAGAUCAGCUGUAUCUUCCUGUGCGUUCUCAUGUCGAUUCCGUUCCUCAGACGACCGGCACGUCUGCCCUGGAGCAGCCGGCUAACUCCAGCAGGGUGCAAAGGGUACUGAGCGAGGUCAAGAACCGAAAGACGGGCAGCUUACAGAGUCCAGAAGGCAGCGCCUCCUUUCCACUCUCCUCUGACUAGAUGAAAUUGUUACCUUACCCUAAACACAGUAUUUUUUUUAAUAUUUUAUUAGUAAACUAAUAAAGGCAAUCAUGACAGCCUACAUUCCGCGCUAUCCUAAAUACACAUGUGCAGAAGUUAGCGUAGAAGUUAGCACACAGGUGAGCAGUAGGCACACAGGGAAGCGGUGUUGUGACUCCCAAUUUGUCAAGAAUAGAAAGAAAGGUUGACUUGUGUUUAUUUGUCUGGGGGAGAUUAAAGCAGCAUUAUCUUUUGAAAGCCAUAGGGGCAUGCUUACACGAAUGUUAUCCAAUCAAGAUGGCUAGAAUUGUACCCUUCCUGGUUUCUAAAAUUUGACAUCCUCUGUGAAUCUUUCAGUACGCUUUCUGCUGCCUGCAUCAUGUGGUUUUGAUUCCGUUUGAACCACUGGAAUUUUUCAGUGCCACCAUGUUCAACGAUUUUGCACUUUGGUAUCAGAAUGCCAUGUCCAUUUGGUUAGUCUUUUUUUCCCUCCCAUUGGCUUUGCCUAGUCUCACUGCUUGCUCUCAGGGUGGCCGCGGAGAGUAGAUCCCAAGAGUGACGCACAGUAUGGAUCACAUAUUGUUCAGCGCAUGCUCUUGCCGGAAAAUAUCACAUGCUCUUCCCUUGACUUGCUAAAACUGAUUAGCAGAAAGGCAUGGCUAACGAUGUUGGCAGUGACAAUAAAUAAAUCAACAAAACAAAGAUUGCCUGCUGUCUCUGUGCCUGGCCUCAGAGUGUUCAUCACAUGCGUAAGACUGCUAAAUUUUUGUUAUUUUAUUAACAGGAUAAAAGGACUGAAGACUUUUUUGGGGGUCAUCUUUGUUUUCUUGACCUGGCUAAUAAGCUAAAGUGUUGAGAAAAUAUACUUAGUUUUGAAUUUUAUAAGGAAUCUUUUUCAAUAAAACACACUUGCAAAUGUUUCAUAUUUUAAACACACCAUAUGUGUCAUAUGAUUCUCUGUAAGGCCUUCACCAAGUUCGGAUUUUUUUAAGGCAUAAUUCAAGGCUGCUUUUGAAAUUCUGUAUUCUUGAAAAUAUUCUUGGUGUGUCUUAGAUUUUUAAAUAUCAGCAAAAGGAUUACCUCACUGAGAGUUAUCCGUACCCUAGCCAACUUCCCAAACAGAUUUAUGUUUUAGCUUAACCGUGAUUUUUUUUUCUUUUUAGACCAUUCCAAUGCAUAGGUAAAUUAUGUUUUCUUUACGUGUUUAAGAUAAACUCUUUUAAAAAAAAUUUAAUAUGUUAUAGUUGAAUCUUUGAUAACUUUAAGUGUCUAUCAUAGACUCUGUACAUAUGUUAAAAUUAACCAGGUCCUUAUCAGAUGUGUGUGUCAUCGGCUGAAUGACAGAAAAAACAUAUUUAUGGUCAUGAAUGAUGUGCUUUGUAAAAAGAUUUCAAGGUAUUAGGAAGCAUACUGUGUUUUUUAAUCUUGUGUAAUAUUCUGUGAUACUUUUAUAGAACAAUUCUGGCUUCAGGAAAGUCUAGAAGCAAUAUUUCUUCAAAUAAAAGGUGUUUAAACUUUA